CUGCUUCCAAUUUGCAAGAGACCAGUUCCCAUGGAGCCGUGGUUGCCGGUGCUCCGCCACCUGCUCGCCUCCUCCGCCCCCAACGCCGCCGCCUUCUCGUCCUCGAACAGCAGCCCCCGCUCUCCUCCUCCGGCCGCGGGCCUCCUCCGCCUCCUCCUCUCUCCGGUGCCCACGCUCCCCGCCUCCGAACCCACGGCCGUCCUCUUCCAGACCCUCCCACCCUUGCUUCAGUCCCAGGCGCUUUCCUUCCUGUCCUCCUCCGCCUCCCUCCUUGACCCGCUCCAGCUCCGCUCACUCGCCUCUCGCGUCCUUUCUGCUCCGCCGGGCCGGUGUGACGAAUUCUGGGUCCGCCGGGGCGCCCACCACCUGCUCGACGGAUUGCCUGACAAAGACGUUCCUGAUGUCCCCUGGGAGUUCAACGAGGAGUUCCACGAGCCGCCGCCGUGGCUUAAAGCAGAGGCGGCACGGACACAGCCUGUCCUUCCGUGGCUGCCUCUCGAUUGCUGGAGCAUGAUGCCGGGUGGGGUCUGUGCCAGCCGGGAUGGUUUAGACGGAGUUUGGUUGGAGUCUCUGGGGCUGGAGCAAGAAGAGUAUUCGUUCAUGCAGGAGGUUGGGCGCGCUCCUUCUCCUCCGGCUCCUCCACUAGGAAAUUCAGUUGUCCACAGGGCUCUAGCUCUGAAGAAGGAAAUUGAGAUGGCAGAGUCAGUUUUGGGUGCUCAGCAGGCAGCCAACAAUUUGCAUGAUCUCUGCCUUGAAUCCGGGAAUGCUGAGGCGGUACUUACCUUAGUACAGCCUUGGGAAGCUGAUGAUGACACAGUGAGGGUUCUGCUUUCAAAUUUGGUACUUGAGGAAGAUGCGAUGCAUGGAAAAGGCCCGGCACUUGUGCUGUGUUCUCUUGCCCUACCAAAGUUACUUGACCUUCAAAGAGCAGCUUCAUCUGGUCUUCUUUCUGCUGCAUUAGAUGUCUGCAAACGUCACCCAGCUGCUGCACUGGAGGCUGUCCUCUUCCCACUAGUUCUUAGAAAACAAGGCCUGAAUGCUCCUCAGUGCGAUGCGCUCACACGGAUUGUCAAGGAUUGCAUGCAUCCUUUGCAUGUCACCGCCUUCUGUCAUAGGUUGCUUUCAGGUGAGGAGAGAGAGCGGAAACCGAUCUGUAUGCCUCAGCAUCGGGAAAAUAUUGGCUGCGAUUUGGUCUGGACAGAAUCUCUCUUUGCACUAUUCUACAACAUUCUCAGUCAAGACAUUUGCCUAACACCAAGCACCAUCGAGAGGCUAGUGUCCAUGAUUGAUGAUAUGGCAAUAAAGUUUCCAAAGUCGCUUAAAUUUGGCAACUUUUUUCUGUGCUUCGUCUCGAAGUGUUGGCAUGUAUGUAAGAUUCACAGGGUUUUACUCGAGAGAGCUGCUGAGACAACCAACACUUUCUUGACUAAAGCUAUAUUGGCCAAACUGCGGCCUGCUAAUUGAAGUGAUGUCUUGAGUGUUCAAAGAUAAGCUCCUGGUGGGCUACUUGCCAUUCAGAUUAACCAAGUAUGUGACUGCAUUGAAGGAUUAUUUUGUUUAAAUGGACAGCUUUUGUAGUUCGAGAAACCAUUACUUCAUAUACAGCGUAGCAAUCAAUUUACUAUGAAAAUGUUAUUAAGAAAAGGUACAUAAUUUUCUUAUGCAUGGCUCAAGUGCAACAAAGUUUGACUUUAGCAAUGAAUUUAUGUUCAGUUAAGUUUACGAUUUCUAGUAAGGGUUGUCUUUGACUUUUAAAAUGGACAGCUUGUGUAGUACCAGAAACAAUUGAACAACGAUGCAUAUAGCCAUAUACGCAAAGUAGCAAGUAAUUUACUAUUAAAAAGGCAUUUAUAAAAAUAUAGAAUUUCUGUUAUAUAUGACUCAAAUGCAGCAAGAUUGGGAGAUUGUCGUGAAAUCCAGGAUGUCCACAACAACAACAACAACAACAACAACAAGGCCUUUAGUCUUAACUGUAGUUAACACUUAACAAUUAUCCAGUUGUCAAUUUCAGUUGUACCUACCCUACCCAAGAGGCCAAGACCAUAGGUUUCAAUGUGAUAUGUAUGCAUCCGAUGCCUUCAUGUUAGUUUGUUAAAUUGUUAUGCUCAUAUGCAUGUGUUUUUCUAUCAGUGUAGGAUUUGUUAUUAGAUCUCUGUUAACCAUGAUUCUCUGUCAUAGGCACACAGAUAUGUUCCUGGUGCCCAGCUCAUGCGUUUCAGAUUCAGUUAGCUCAUGAGUAGGUUCUGCUUUUCUUUUUUCCUUGAACCGAGUAGUUUCUGCUCUUGAACAAAUGAGUCGAGGAUGUGAAAUGUUUUCUAGUGCAUACAUGUUUCCUGUUACUGUUUCGUUGCUACACAACUAUUCUGAGUCAUAUUUCACAUGGCGUAUCAUUAGCGCAGUCGGCAUACAUGUUUCCUGUUACUGUUUCGUUGCUACACAACUAUUCUGAGUCAUAUUUCACAUGGCGUAUCAUUAGCGCAGUCGGCGUGACUGCCGGUUUAAAAUGCAAAUAACUUUACUAAGCUAGUAAGCUCUGGGAUAAAUUUUGCCUAAAGUGACUUUGUUAUAUUUCUAUAGCAUGAAUGGAACAUUUUUAUAGCCUGCAGCCAUUCUUUAG